AUGGUGGAGGGUGGGAUUAUGGCUCUUUUAAUUCCAGGAGUGCCUAGCUAUUGGGACCCACAAAAGGAGUUCACCGUUAUAUCGAGGCUUGAACUUCUCACGUCUUCCCUUGUAGACAUGGCAAAAAAGGGAAGAUUGAGUGAGGAAAAAUUAGAGAAAUUCAACUUUCCGCACCAUUUUCCCACCCCAGAGGAGGUGAGGGCAAUACUGCAUAAGAGCAUCAGUUUCAGCAUUGAAAGAAUGGAGAUUUUGAGUAGUGGGGCAUUUCUCAAUGUUGAUGGCCACGUGGCAUGUUUUAGGGCGGUUUUUCAAAAUGUGCUUACACAUGAGUUUGGAGUUGAAGCUAUCGACGAGACGUUCGACCUUUUGAAGAAGAAACUUCAAACUUCAGCAGUUUAUGCAAAUCCUUCUAAUGAAAGAACUGUUGUGAUUGUUGUUAUCCUCAAGCACAAUAAUGUUUAG